CGCCGGCCCAGACGCGACCCCCGCUUCUCCAGAAGAAACCUCAACUUUUGCCCGGCUGUAACUUGGAAGCAGACUGCACGGAGGACACACACACACACACCCACACACACUCUGCUGUCCGCCUUCCUACUGACGGGAUUUUCUGGGUCGAGUUCGUGUUGCUUCAGGGAUAAAUGAUCACCUCAACCAGAAGAGUGUCUCCAGAUAAACCUGAAGUUCGGAUUGCCUUCAGCCUCGGUGACACAUCAGAUGUUAACGAUGCGGAGGACCUCUCGCAGACUUUCCCAGACCUUGAACAGCGAUUACAGCCGGUGCCUCCGUGUGUGUCUCUGAGAGAGAGCGUCCAGGUGUACAAGGAGCACUGCAGGAUGGCAAGAGAGUUCCACCAGGUCAAACAUGAGAUCUCUGUGCUUGAAGAUCGCAAGCGUAAGCUGCUGGCAGACCUGGUGGAGGAUGAGAAGGUUGCUAUGGAAAUCGCCCGUCUUGAGGAGGAGUUUCGGCGCCUCACGGAGGAGAACCGCACCUUGGUAACUGUCCACAAGGAGCGCGCUCAGCAGCUGGAGAGGCUCUGCCUGACCGGCCGGACGAGACAAGACCCCUCGUGACCUCUGACCUCCAUCCAGCCUGAGACCACCAGACUUUCAGCUGACAGCAGACCAGGAACCAGAAAUAAAUGCUCACGCAACACAACUUCAGUCUGUGAAUCAGCUAAUUACAGAGAAAGGUCCUGUGUUUACUCACUUCUGAGUCAUUUGCUUAACCCACAGAUGUACCCGGCGGUUCUCGUCAUUCUGAGGUUGCUGUAGCGAUUCCACCGAUCUGACGUAUCGCCCCUCGUCCGGGUAACGUUUGGUUUUAAUGUCAUUCUAUUGGGCAAAACCUUACUGGUUGCUGUUGUUUUACCUAGCGGUACAUUCAUCCAGUGUCAGCCACCGUGAAUGUGACCAGAUAUUCUGAUAUCCGUCUCAGGUCCAGUGAAGACAGUAGCUUUUUUUAAUGUGAGGUCUGUUGAGGGAGCUGAAGAUGGUAUGAUGUGGUCCAAAUAUAGUAUUUUUCUUUUUUAGGAGUGUUGAACCUCCUCUCCCUCUCUUCCACCCCAGCUCACAGAUGAGUGUUUAACAUGCUGUCAGGGAACCUCAGAUUACAGCCGCCAAGUGUGAAGAACAGCAAAAGGAGAAGGUGAUUAUCCGUUUUACAGUAUCUGCUGUAUGAGUUGUACAUUUUGUUUUGAUGAUGUGUAGUGUGUACCUGUAUAUGGAGGAAGUACACAGUCAAAUAAAGUGUUGCGUGUUGUCCUCGUCUGUUA